AGAAGAAGUAGUCUUGUAAGCAGUGUUAGGUCAGCUAAUUUACCCAGCUUUCAAUGUAGUUAGCUAACAGGUUAGCGUUAAAUAACAUACUUUUAUUUCGGUUUGGAAUGGCGGAGGGUAACGUUAGCGCUAAUGUUAACGUCAGUCCGGCCAAUCUUCCUCCGGGAGACCCGCAGCUCAUAGCUAUGAUUGUGGAGCAUUUGAAGAACAGAGGGCUUUUUGAUGAGUUCCGUCGGGACUGUCUGGCCGACGUUGAUACGAAGCCAGCCUUUCAGAAUCUGCGACAGAAAGUUGACAAUUUUGUCACAUCACAUCUGAGCACACAAGACUGGAACCCAUCUAUCAACAAGAACCAGAUGAGGAAUGGACUGAGGCAAAGUGUUGUUCAAUCAGGUAUGCUCGAGUCUGGUGUGGACAGGAUCAUCACUCAGGUCGUGGACCCCAAAAUGAACCACACUUUCCGUCCACACAUAGAAACUGCCAUCCAUGAUUUCCUGUCAGGGGACAGGAAGGAGGAGAACACCACGAGUUCUACCUCUGCAGCAUCUGAACAGACAGAGCCACAGGAGGCCCUGUCUGCCUCUGGCCCCAAAACCCCCUGAGGUACACAUGGUGGUCUCUACGUAAUGUUGUGUGGCUGUGUUAGCCUUUUGAAGGGUGCAGCAUUAAGGAAGAUGAAGAGAAGGAGUAGCCUUUUGAAGGGUGCAGCAUCAGACAAGGAAGAUGAAGAGAAGGAGGUUGUUUCCCGCUGUCAGACUAGAGUCAGGAGUGUUGGUGCUUUCAGCAUCAGCCUGUCUGUGCUGCACAAGACUGCAGCUGGAGAAGUUUGACAAUGCCAAGUGGUGCUCUCACUGCACUGCAUGGCUCUGCCUUUUAGACAAAUGGGAAUUCUUUUUUUCUGACCUUUUACAUGUGAUAGCUGACAGAUUUUUAUUUUGGAGUAUGGUAUAUUAUGUAUUUUUCACUCAGGGUAUUUGUGUGUGUGUGUGUGUGUGUGUGUAUAGACACUUUCUACUAAGAACAUGUUGAUUAACAAUAUUUGAAACUUCAGACCCUGUCUACCUUGACUCAGAGUGCUGGGAGAGCCAGGGGGCUGGUUGAUUUCAUGUUAGGAGAAUCACAGGAAAAAGAUCCUGCAGUUUCCCAACAGCUCAUAAGACCUCUAAACAGGGUGUCUGAAGGUUUAGUAAAAGACGUGUAUGUAAAUACAUUUUGUUUAGUUGCUAGACGUUUUAACAUUGCAUCACGCUGUCAGAUCUUUUUUAGCAUGUAUUUAGUGCAUUGUAUUGAUUGUGCAUCCUGUCUGCUUUAUUAUACAGGCUUGACAUCUUUCUUCUUUUUCUUAUUGUAUCUGUCUGUACCUUUUGUUUUAUGUAUUUUGCAUUUUGGUAUACUGCAUGUAAAGAUGGUGGGUAAGUCUGCGAAAAGGCGUCGGCCACACACUCAUUUCCUUGAGUAAUGGCAAUAAAUGUGUCCGUUUUCUGCAAUGAAAACAGAGCAGAGUCCAUAAUCGUCUCCCAUUAUCAUCAAGAAGGUAGUUCUUAAGUUUGUUCUUUUUACAGGCAGAAUCCAUCAAAACAGAUUAAUAGGUUGAUGUGGAGGGAGGAAUACACUUUAUCAUUAUUAUAAUGAGAUUUACUUGCAGUGACUUUGAUUUUAUAUCUUUUGCAUGAACCAUAGAGGGACUGUCAUACCAGGUGUGGUGGAAGCACACUCCUCACUUGUGUUCAUCUUGUGUUGUAAGGUAUGCAUUCACUCAAUUAUAUAUACAAUGGACAUGGUGUCACUAUGCAAGCCCAAAUACUGUACUAUGAAUUUGGUGGCUGCUAUCUUGCUUUUUUGCAACCAGUUUCUGUACAGUAGUGACCAGAAGUGGAGGGACGGCAUGGCACCACCAAUCAAAGUUUUCAAAUUAACUGAAGUACAUCUUUUUAAAUCAUCAAAUAACUUGGUACUGACAAACUUGCCAGACAAAUAGCCACUUGGACACAAGUGAGUGUGGUAAUGUCUACCUAAGAUGACAGAUGAGAACUCUGGGAAAAAUUAGAUUUGUACUUUUGUGUUUUUUGGGUACAUCCCAAGUCUAUUAUAAGCACAGUCAUUUCCUUCACUUGAGAUGAUGCAAGUAAAAAGAGGACUUGAGGAAACACAUUUAUUAAUAGGGGUGUGAUGAUAGACUUGGCUCACAAGACGAUACACGAUAUUGGGUUCACUAUUUCUAAGAAAUCUUCAACGGUGAAAUAUUUGGCUGGAGAAAGUCUUUUAUUUGACUGCCACAAGAUUCAAAACAGUGCAGAUGCAUUUUGAAAUUUGAAAGUAUUUAACUAUUCAGAUAUUUCCUCAUUGGGUGGGUAAACAGUUUUCAUGAUCAGUAUUUGAAUUUUCAAGAUGGCAGGACAUUUCAGUGCAGCCUCCGUCAGGGUCCGUUUUAUAAGAGAUGUGAGAUCUGCCCUUAGUGUAGCUCAUGUUCCGUUCACUAACAGAGGAGGCAGGAUUUAUGACCUAUACGGCAGCCAGCCACCUUUAGAGCUUUCAACCUGUCCAUUUAUACAGUCAGUGAUUCAGCUCUACAGAGACGUGCGUUGUUUUGUUUUAUCCUUGUACAUUUAUGUGCAGUGUGCAUCCUCAAUAUCAACUAGUUUGUUAUCU